GAGAGGGUGAAAUGUGCCUUAUUUCCUGUCCAGUGCAUGGAAAUGACUCGUGUGUGCCAAUGGCUCAUCUUUCCUUCGUCAGGUGAUUGAAGGGCCGUGGACCAGAUUCUGAUUUCAACAAUGGCAAGAAGCUGAGCUGAUUAACCUGCUCGAUAUUGGGAAAACUGCUUCGUGUGUGGGAAGAUGAUGUCAUGAAAUAACACGCUGCAGGCAGCUCUGUUAACUUAAUGGGAACAGAGGUUAAGAGGAAACUUUUAAAAGAAAAAAAAGUUUUUCCAGACUGAAGCUGAGGACUUGGUGAGAAAACACAAAAUGUCUUCUGAAGGAAAAAAACUUUUCAACAUCAUUAUUUUGGGAGUCUCGUUUAUGUUUAUAUUCACUGCUUUCCAGACAUGUGGAAAUAUUGCGCAAACUGUUAUCACAAAUUUAAACAACACGGACUUCCAUGGCAGUGGCUACACAAGCAUGUCCAUUAUUUAUGGAGUAUUAUCUGCAUCAAAUCUUAUAUCACCUUCAGUGGUUGCAAUAGUAGGACCUCAGUUCUGCAUGGUUGUUAGUGGCAUAUUUUAUAGCCUAUACAUUGCAGUCUUUAUCCAACCUACUACAUGGGCUUUCUACACUGCUUCUGUUUUUAUUGGCAUUGCAGCUGCUGUCCUCUGGACAGCACAGGGAAAUUGCUUGACUGUAAAUUCUGAUGAAAACACCAUUGGAAGGAACAGUGGAGUGUUUUGGGCACUUCUACAGUCCAGCUUAUUUUUUGGAAACCUCUAUAUAUACUUUGCCUGGCAAGGAAAAACUCACAUAUCAGAGAGCGAUCGCAGAACUGUCUUCAUUGCUCUGACUGUUAUCAGUCUUGUGGGCACAGUUCUGUUCUUUCUGAUUAGGAAACAAGAGGACACAAAAGCUCCAGGGGAUGAAGAUUCUACUAAUGAAAUCCUGGGGGAGAGCUCGUCUGCACGAAACAAAAUGAUGAGAGCAGUGGCUGCCUUCAAGAAAUCUAUUACACUGAGCUUCACCAAAGAGAUGAUGCUUCUCAGUGUCACAACAGCCUACACAGGUUUGGAGUUAACAUUCUUUUCUGGAGUGUAUGGAACAUGCAUUGGUGCUGUGAAUAGAUUUGGCAGUGAAGAGAAAAGCCUAAUUGGUCUCUCUGGUAUUUUUAUUGGUGUUGGAGAAAUCUUGGGUGGAGGAAUCUUUGGUUUGCUGAGCAAGAAUAGUCGCUUUGGCAGGAACCCAGUGGUGAUGUUGGGCAUCCUUGUCCACUUCAUAGCCUUUUAUUUAAUUUUUUUCAACAUGCCAAAUGAUGCCCCUAUUGCUCCCAUGGAAGGAACAGAUCAAGUUGCUUACAUGAUUCCAAGCAAAGAGGUGGCCAUGCUCUGCAGCUUCCUGCUGGGGCUGGGGGACAGCUGCUUCAACACCCAGCUCCUCAGUAUUUUAGGAUUCCUAUAUUCAGAAGACAGUGCUCCUGCCUUUGCCAUCUUUAAGUUUGUUCAGUCCAUCUGUGCUGCAGUUGCCUAUUUCUACAGCAACUACUUCCUUCUGCAGUGGCAGCUCCUGAUCAUGGUGAUUGUGGGAUUCUUUGGCACAAUCACCUUCUUUGCAGUGGAGUGGGAAGCAGCAGCAGCCCUGGCUGCCCGUGGCUCAGACUACAGCAGCAUUUGAUCCUGAUAACCAUGGCUGGUCUGAUUUAAGGAACAGCACAGACAUGUUUUUUGGGAAGUGAUGUGAAAAGGUGGAAAAGGUCAAGCUGCUGCAGAGGUUGAGGUGGAGGAAGCUGCUACUAAAUCGCCAUCAGUCCAACUGGAUUUGAAACAAGAAGGGAAAAAAAUGCCAAAUUUGAAAGGCUUUUUUUUUUCCCUUGCUUUACUCAACCAAGCAUGGUAUAAGUGUUCUUAAAAACCUGAUAUUAGCAUUGGAAGGAGAUGUAUAGAUCUGUGUAUUGAACCAUUCUGCUCUGAGAUGUACCUUUCAGAAUGUAAUUGCCUCAUUUCACUCUACCAUGCACUACAGGAUUAGUUUUGUUUUUUGCCCCCUAAAUUAUUUUUCCUAUACACUAGUUCUGCAGACACAUGAGUUCUGGUAUUGAAUGAGUGAUGUUUUUAUAAAGUAGAUUAUAUCACAGAUUGUCUGCACAACUGAGAAAUCAAUUUGGCGUUGACUUUUUCAACAAUUAGAUAUGCUGAAGUAUUUCCAUGGGAAAUGUUGCCUUUUUUUGUAUCACUCAGCUUCUUGUUUCCCAACAGUUUGUUUAUUCAUCUCUUUCAUGUGGCUAAGUUUUCAGAUCCGUGGGGGUUUUUGUUUGUUUGUUUUUUUUCUUUUGUUUCAUGCUUUUUCAUUUUUGUUUUGGUUUUUUUUUUUGUAAGAAAAUGAAUCAGGUUAUAGUGUGACAUGAAAGAUUUUUACAAGAAUUUAAAGAUAUUACCUUUAGCCAUCUUAAGGAUGGGAACCCAAGGCCUGUGAAUUAUUGGUAAUUGAAAACAGCCUUGUGGCUCAGUAUCUCAGAACUGAACUGUUGGGAAAGGUGCUGAAACUUCCUCAGGGCUGUGCAAUAUGAAGGACCACAAUCCAUGGCUUCCCUCACAGGCUCCCAAAUAGUUCUUUUGAGUUCAGUGGAGUCUUUAUCAUAAAAUGAUGAAAAUCUGUGAUGGGAGCAUUGUCUGAGAUAACUUCAAAAAGUACAAAUAGACUCAGAAUGUGAAUGGUCAGAAUAAUCUUGCAGUGUUUAUUCUACUGCAUAGGCUGAAAACACCUGAAAUGCUUGUCCUAAGUUGCUUUAUUCAGUGUAUUUUGGGAAGAUUGUACUGUAAUCUUACUCCACCAAAUAUGAAAACAGGGUUACUAGCAUAGUAACUAAAUUUUAAUCCAAAACUGUUAUUAUAGAUGAUAAAACAGGCAGUGAAUGCAGCUCACCUUGACUUUGCAUGGCUCUGUAGUGCUUGCAGUGAUGUUUCUGCCUGGUGGGCAAUAAGAUGCACCUGAGAGCAGGGGUGUAACACUGAGAAGGUGUUUUUAGACACUCCAUGUAGCUAUUUUUAGAAAAGUACCACUCACCAACCUUUUUUUAUGCACAGUCAGGAUGUUAAUGUCUUUAAAGACAAGUUAAAGUCGACUCAUUAUGUGUCAGUAGCUCCCAGGUGUCAUAACUAGGUAGGUGUACCCAAGGUUAAACUUGGUGAGGGAGAGUGGCAUCUCCUGUGACAUUUGCUGUCACUUUUGCUCUCAAAGAGCAGUGACACAACUCCUGUGAAGCACAGAGUUGUGAAGCACAGCAAAACAGCCCAGGGGCAUCAUUUUACAGGGCUACAGAAAGGGAUUUUUAAAUUCACUGCAGGUUUUUUGCUGUGAGAUCAGUAAGGUGUUAAUGGGAGGACGGGAGGGCACCUGAACAUCCAGCAAGCAAAAGAAAUCUUUGAGGACAGGCAGGAGAGAAAGCCUUUGUGUAUUCCUGGGAGAGUCAAUGAAUGAUGUAAAAGAGAAUGAGACAGAACACACAUUGAAGCAAGGGGUUGCUGAAGCCAUUCCAAUUUGUCAGGCAAACUGAAAAGGCAUUCAGGAUUGAAUCAAUAUCUGAUUAAUGUGACCAGCAGCACAGUGAAGCCUCUCUCUCACCCACUCCUGUUAUCCUGUAACUUGAAGAGUACUAUUUUUAAUAUACUGAGCACUAUAAAGGUAUAGAUUAUAGGAUGCUGCCAGUGAUUAAAACUCUCUUGUUGCUACACAUUUAUAUUUUCUCCAAAGUACCAAACAGGAUAAAUAGGGUCUUUUUCAGAUAGGGAAUUACUGACUUUUUUUUUUUUUCCCUCCAAAUGCUUUCUGGGACCUGUUUUUCCUUGUAUAUCAACGAGAGCAGAAAGACUUGAAAGUUCACAAGGGGCAGUUUUGUCUUAGUGUAUUUGGGGAAAAAAUGAUUCUUGGGUCUUGUGGUGAUGAGUUAUUAAAUGCUUUUAAAACAAUGUCAUUUAAUUGUAAGUAGGUUAUGGCUCUCAUGAGGUUGCUUUUCGAAUUGAUUCCUUUUAAUUAUGAACUUCUGUGAUGCUCAUUUGCCAUAUAUAAAUUAUAUAGACUAUUUUAUUAGAAAUUAAAAAAUUGCGAAGUUAUUGUGGUUUCAAAAACCAUUUUGAAGUCAAAGGGAUAGUAAUGAACUAGGAAUGUGGGUUUUUAGUACCUUUGUGAAUCUGAUGCUUUACUUUUUUUUCCCCUAUUCCUUUUCUCCUUUCUGGCCUGACUCAGUAUCAGUCAAUGUUGGAAGGCUGCUCAGAACUAUUUAUUGGGUCAUUAAAGGGAAGUAUUGUUUUGUGACAAGUUUUACAAGAAAUCAUGAAAUUCUUAAAACUGUAUCAUAGAUAACUAUUCUUUUUUACUAUUAACUUUAUUGCUUUUGACAUUUGAUCUGAAGAGACAGGUUUCAGUUAUUCAAGCUGCUUUUCACUUAUUCGUGUUUCUUUGAUUUGUCAAGAGGUGAAAAAUCCUCUCAUAUACACAGUUGUUAGUUUGGUUGAAAUCUUUGGUGCAGCAAUAUGAAGAACAGGAAUGCUGACAUCCAUUUAUGAUUCCAUCUCUGAAUCUGUUUAUCAGCAUUUACCAACCAUGAGGCUGCACCCCCUUCAUUUCACCUCAGUGGCCUUUUAACGUUAAUCUGAAUUGGGAGCUUACUGUUAAAUUAAGUGGGAUUUGAAAGUAUUUUUUUUCUGUAUCUGUGGUAUUGUGGCUUUGUUUUAUAUUAGUGAUUUUAUCUUUUUAAGCAAAAUGACACAUUUGUUUGGGUUUACUAAAAAGACCUCUUUCCUCCCCCCCCUCGUUCUUUUAGGUUGUUACUAAGGUUUAAUAUCUUGACAUGUCACACCCACAAGUUUUACAAACAAAUGCUAAAGAGGAAAUGAAAACUGAUAUUCUUGACAUUGAGUGCCAAAGAAGCUGCUGAAAAAUUAGUCUUUCAUGAAUGUCAUAUAAACAUAUCUAUAUUUUUCUUUUGCCAGUUGAGUUUCAUUUUUGAUACAUGAAUGUAUGGAAAGAGAAUUUCUACAACUGUAGACCUUCUGUGUGUUAAUUUCCAUUAGGUACAAUUAAUGUUGUCAAGUUGAGAUAAGGAAGAGAAUGAUGUAUAAAAUGUCAUUUAUAAAUAAUUCUAGUCUACAAUUUUUGUGCAGAUUGUGCUUAACUCAACAGGGAUAUAAAAAAAAAACCCCAAACCUACAGAACAACCAAAACCCCUCCCCAAACCCCUAAGCUUUACCAAGGUCCCUAUCUUAGCAGAAACCUUCUUGUGGUACAGUUAUUAAAAACUUU